AUGACCAGCGAGAACACCCCAUCCCACCCUGCAGCUGCGGCUGAAGACUGCAAAGAAGCACAACUUGCCCCGGAUCCAAAUCCCACCACCGAACAACGCGACUUCUCAGUCUUUACAGUCGGUCAAAAGAGGGCUAUCGUGGCUACCGGAUCUCUCGCUGCAUUCUUCUCGCCGUUGUCAUCGAGUAUCUACUUCCCUGCGCUACAGACGAUCUCGAACGAGCUGGGCGUUUCCAUCUCAAAAAUCAACUUGACAAUAACAACAUAUCUGAUUCUACAAGGCUUCGCGCCCAUGCUGAUCGCCGGCUUCUCAGAUACCGCCGGUCGACGCCCUUCGUACAUCAUUUGCUUCACAAUCUACAUCGCCGCCAACCUCGGACUCGCUCUACAAAAUAGCUAUGCGGCACUCCUAGUGCUCCGAUGUAUCCAGUCAGCCGGGAGCAGUGGAACGGUGGCCCUGGCAAACGGCCUCGUGGGGGAUACCAUUACAUCCGCAGAGAGAGGCUCAUACAUCGCAUUCGCAUCUCUCGGCUCAAUGCUAGGCCCGUCGCUGUCCCCCGUUAUAGGCGGACUAAUAAUCUUCACAAUCUUCCUCAUCCUCUUCCUACCAGAGACAUGUCGGAAAGUCGUCGGCGACGGAUCGAUCCCACCACCACUACCCAGCAUGUCCGUGACCGAUUACAUCCGACACCGUAACAGAAGACGACGCGGCUCAGUCUCAACCCAAGAAAUCGCCGACGCGAGAAAAAAUUACGCCUUCCGCUUCCCUUCACCAAUGCCUACCCUCCGCGUCGCCACGGAUCUGGAAACCGGCGCGAUCCUCCUGACAACGGGCCUCAUGUACGCCGGCUUCUACGCCGUAAUGACAGGCGCAACAACAACCUUCCACGAAGUCUACCACUACAACAACAUCCAAACAGCGCUGAUGUACAUCCCCAUUGGCGCAGGAGGGAUAGUCUCAGCCUUCACGACCGGCCGAUUAGUAGACUGGAAUUACCGUCGUCACGCGAAGCGCGCCGGCCUCCCCGUCCAAAGAAACAAACACCAAGACAUCAGCGACUUCAAUAUCGAAAAGGUUCGCCUCGAACUCGCUAUUCCGGUAUACUAUGCCAGUAAUAUCCUCAUGAUCGCGUUCGGGUGGGUAAUCGGGAAAAAGGUUCACGUUGCGGCGCCGGUUAUUCUGCUCUUUCUCUCGGGUUGGGCUUUGAAUGCGACUUCUCAGAUUUUAAAUGCGCUUAUGGUGGACCUUUGGCCUGGGAGUUCGGCUGCAGCUACGGCGGCGAAUAAUCUUAUGCGCUGUGAGCUUGGUGCGGCUGCUUCUGCGGCUAUUAAUCCUAUGCAAGAGGCUAUGGGGUGGGGGUGGGCUUUUACGACGUUGGCGCUUAUUUCUAUUGCGGCUUCGCCGACGCUUUGGGUUAUGACGAGGUAUGGGAUUGUUUGGAGGAAGAGGAGGAUUCGGAGGGAGAUCGAGAGGGAGGAGGAGAAGGAGAGGAGGAAGUUGGAAAAUAAUGGUGUGGAUGGGAGUGUUAGGGGUUGA